CAAUAGACGUAUGUACUCCGCUCACCACGUGUUGGUGAAACAUUCUUUUAACUUACAUACUGUGUGGAUGGGAGAUCAUUAGUACAUUAGCUGACAAUGAUGAGAGAACAAUGUACAACUGUUGUUACGGUCAUUGUCUUAUCAUCGCUUGUCAUCAUCAAAUCAUCAUCAAACAGUCACCAGAAAGGUUGUGCAUGGGGACCUGAAUUGUUUCGUGCCAAAAGAGAGCAGCGAGAGGAACCAUCUGUGAAACUGAAACUUCCCGUAGGUACUAUCUAUGGAUAUGCAGAUCAACAACCACGUUCAGCAUUUAAAUUUGAAUUUGCCAAUUUCAACGCCAAAGAUUUCAAAUUUAAAUUGCAGCUGUUGGAAAACAUCACCAAUACCAGAAACAGUUGUUCUUUAGCUGAUUCGCUCUGUGAUCAGAUGGCAACCGGUGUAUUUCUGUUUUUUGGUUCGAAGGACACAAAGUCUGCGGAGACUAUAGAGUCCUUUACCAGACAAUUCCACGUUCCCUAUGUCUGUCCUUGUUUAACAAAAGUCGUCAAUCCUGAGAAGAAUUUCCAGAUUCAUAUGAAACCCCCUUUCACCAUGGCGAUUGUCGACAUGAUUCGUCAUUAUAGAUGGAGGAAUAUGAUAUACUUGUACGAUUCCACAGAAGGAUUACAACGAUUCAAUGAAGUUAUGAGUGCCUUUUAUGAAGACAUGUCAAAUAAGGAGACAAUGUUGGCAAUACGUCUAUAUGACGUGAACCAAGCGCACGAACAACUCAGAUUUAUAGAUUCAAUCACGUUUAGGUAUGGCGAUGCUGACAUCCGGAACAUCAUAUUCGAUUUGUCUUCCCAAGAAGCCUAUGAAUUAAUCAUGAAACAGCUAGCAGAAGUAGGAAUGAAUAAAGAGGGCUAUUUCUUUUUAUUUGCCACGAUGGAUUUCUCUAAGCUUAAUUUUGAACAUUUUGUACACGGCGGAGUGAAUGUGACGGGGUUUGAUUUAGUAAAUCCAGAGGAAGCGAAGGUGAAAGCUUUCUUGCGGAAGUGGAGGACAGCCAAUCAAAUCAUUUAUCCGGCAGCAGGACAACCUCUCAUGUCAGAGGCAGCUCUUGCAGUUGAUGCAAUGGAACUCAUCACAACAACCUUUAUGAGAAUGAUGGUUCAAAACCAGCAGGUUUUUCAAGCGAACUUUCGAAGAACUGAAAUGUACAAUUUUUAUGGCGAUGUUAUUCUCAAAGGUAUUCAGUGCUUCAACAAAGAACAUGGCUUUAUUCCUUGGCAGCAUGGCGAAACCAUCUUAAAAGAACUUAAAUCGGCCGAGUUUUCCGGGCUGACCGGUCCAGUGGCCUUUGAUGAGCAUGGUUACAGGAAGAACUACGAGAUCCACGUCUCCAGGGUGGGCCUCAAUCAACCCCCUGUCAGGAUCGGAAAAUGGAGCCAAGGUCGCUUCAGACUUGUUGGAGCAGACGAGAAUAAUCCCUUCCAAAGGAACAUGACAAGACGUGACGGAAUUAUAAGAAUAACCACCAUUAUGGUUGCACCAUUUCUCCAGUACAAGAAAGAUGCGGAUCUUCGAGGGAAUUCCUCGGAUCCAAACUACAAUGAUCGGUUUGAAGGAUUUAUAGUUGACUUAACAAAGAAGAUAGCAGAGCGACUGGAUUUAAAAUACAGACUUCAGCUUGUUCAUGAUAAUCAGUAUGGUCGCCAAGAUACAAAGACUGGGGAGUGGAAUGGCAUCAUAGGAGAGUUACUUGAUGGGACAGCCGAUAUGGCGGUGGCUCCGUUGACCAUAACACUCAAACGGGAGAACGUGGUGGACUUCACCAAACCAUUCAUGGAGGUCGGCAUCAGUAUAAUGAUAAAGAAACCAGAAAUAGAAAAACCAGGAGUGUUCUCUUUUAUGAAACCGUUCUCAAUUCAAAUCUGGAUGUUUAUCCUGCUGGCUUACAUUGCUGUGAGUGUAGGACUUUUCUUUGUGUGCAGAGCUAGUCCUUUUGAAUGGAGAAAAUUAAUUCAAGGAACUGUAUUGAAAUACGAAAAUGAAUUUUCUCUUGUCAACACCUUUUGGUUUUCUGCUGGGGCAUUGAUGCUUCAGGGAAGCGACUCUUGUCCACGAUCUCUAUCAGGUCGGGUUAUAGGAACAGUAUGGUGGUUCUUUGUCUUGAUUAUCAUUUCCACGUACACUGCUAAUUUAGCGGCCUUUCUUACCAUUGAACGUUUGGUCACUCCAAUAGCAUCAGCAGACGAUUUAGCGGCUCAGACAGACAUCAAAUACGGAACAGUGAGGUCUGGAUCCUCGCGCGAAUUCUUCGAGAUGUCAAAGGUACCAACAUUCCGAAAAAUGGGACAGUUUAUGAAAUAUAAUGACCAGUAUAAUGUUAAAACAGUGAGUGAAGGUAUAAAAAGAGUGCGAGAUUCUAAAGGAAAAUACGCCUUUCUAUUGGAAUCCACUUCUAAUGAAUAUGCCAACAGUCGUGAGCCUUGUGACACAAUGAAAGUUGGCAGGAACCUCAACUCCAAAGGUUUUGGGAUUGCAACUCCCCUCAAUUCACCUUUAAGGGAUGUGCUUAAUCUGGCUGUACUUGAGUUGAAGGAGGAAGGUACUCUACACAGGUUAAAGAGACGAUGGUGGAAUGACAAAUCACAAUGUGCUCAGGAUAACCAGGAGACAUCUGGGAAGAGAUCCUUAUCGCUCAGUAACGUCGCUGGUGUUUUCUACAUUUUGAUCGGUGGUCUUGUCUUAGCUGUUUUAUUUGGUGCCUUCGAGGUGACACUCAAACGACUGCAACUCGUUCCAAAGCACGUUUAUACCUUAAAAGACCGAGGGUCAUCGGAAGUCAGACUUCUUCGAACACCCUCUGAACGGGAGAACGGGACAGUGGCAGACUUCGGUAUUAAUAGUCCUGAUUUUCACAACGACGAAGUGCAAGAUAACGAAAUAAAUCACCAAGGAUUCUCUGGAUUCAUUGGGUUUGAAGCUUUUGGUGAUGGUAAUGCGCACACAGACGUUUGAGGAAUAAAUAAUUUAUUUAAAAAAGCUAUGCAAAAUAUUAUAUGAUAUCGAUGAAUAUGCGAUAUUACAUUGUUUUUAAUAAAGGAGAAAUGAAUAUUUAUACCUGAAGUACGUCCAUUCUGU